AUGGCUUCACGAUUAUUCCCCUCGCGCCGCACGGGUCUUGCACUCGCUGCAGGCUGCUUCCUGUUCUCCGCAUUGGCUGCUGCCAAUGUUCGCCCUGGAGAUCUGUCUGUCAGCCAGAUUGAAGAGCAAUUGCAGAAUUGCCCUCUUGUGGAAUCUCUCAAUGAACACAAACGAGCUACCACCCCGGAAACCGCCAGUCUCAUGUCGAGAAUCUUCGCCGUCCUCUUUCCAUCUACCCCGGCUGUGAACUCCCUCCUCGCGACCUUGUAUAUCUCCGGCCCACCUAACUUCCUCCUGGCACUAUGCCCUCCCAACAUCGACCCUUCCUCUCUAUCAGUCAUGGUUGCCUUCGCUGUGGGAGGUCUCCUAGGUGACACACUUUUCCACCUGCUGCCAGAGAUCUUCCUUGGCGAGGACUCCCCAGACCACGUCAGUUUUGUCAUGGUCGAGCCGAACAAGAAUCUCCUCCUGGGACUGGGCAUCAUGGUCGGCUUCUUCACUUUCGUAGCAAUGGACAAGGCCCUGCGCAUCGCAACCGGCGGCCAAGGCCACGACCACUCACACGGGCACACUCACGAGGACUCCACCACCGCUUCAUCUACCGGCGCCAGCACCAAUGGCCAAUCGGGUGAACUGAAGCAGCGCAAAUCAACCAAAUCAGCCCAGGAUGAGUCCAAGGACGAGACUGCCGAAAAGGAAAUCAACCCCAGCGUCAAGAUGGCCGGAUACCUCAAUCUUAUUGCGGAUUUCACGCACAACAUCACCGACGGCCUGGCUCUCUCAUCAUCCUUCUAUGCCUCCCCCACUAUUGGUGCAACCACCACCGUUGCCGUCUUCUUCCACGAAAUUCCGCAUGAGGUCGGUGACUUUGCUCUGCUGGUGCAGUCGGGAUUCUCGAAGCGCAAGGCCAUGGGUGCGCAGUUUUUUGGCGGACACGGCGAUGUACUUGAAGAUAGCACCGUCUCUGGUCUCUGGGGAACUAGUCUGUCCUGGGGUGAUAUGCUUUUGCCUUUUACUGCGGGUACCUUCCUGUACGUCGGUACAGUGGCAGUUAUCCCCGAGUUGUUGGAGACGGGCAAGGACAAGGGGGCCGAGAUUCGGAAGACUCUUACCCAGUUUUUGGCCGUUGCUGUUGGAGCAGGAAUUAUGCUUGCGUAA